AUGUCUAAGAGGCAAAUACCCAUCACUGGGUUCCUCGCUAAACGCCCUCGAACUGGCGCCCCCGAGAAUACAGAGCCGAAGCCUCAGGAAAGCCACGAAGAUGCGAAAUCUUCCUCUGAUUCAGCGAGCGACGGUGAGGCCGGAAAUGGUAACGAAGAGACUACCGCCCCUACUGCUUCUGUGCCACUCAACUCGAUGGAUCCUGAGUGCGACAAAUCAUCGGUCGGAGUUCCGGGACUCUCGCUGUUAAAGCGGGAUGGCCCCACGCAGCCCAAAUGCUGUUUCGACAAGGUCGGCGGGCGAGCUUUUGUUGCUGCAUGGUACAAGAAGUUUCCCUGGAUUGAGUACUCGGAAGCGACGAAGCGCGCCUACUGCUAUCCCUGCCGCUUUUUCCGGAAGAUCCCUUCCAGAACAUGGUGUAUCGAUGGCUUCGCUCACUACAGGAAGUCAGAGCGCAUUGCUGCGCAUGGCGCCAGUGAAGAACACAAGGCUGCUAUGGAAGCAUGGUCACACUACCGAACCGAGCGUUCCACUGGAGAAACUGUUGCCACUCGGCUAGGUGAAGCUGCUCGGGCUACGGUUCUAGCCAACAGGCGCCGUAUUCUCUACUGCCUCCAAGUUGUCCUUUUCUGUGCUAUCCAGGGAAUCGCCCUCCGUGGUCAUAGCGAGGAUCGGGCUGACCCUGAUGACAAAACGAACUCCGGUAACUUCCUGGGGAUCCUAAAGCUCGUCGCUUCUCAUUCGCAGGCUCACCGGGAGCUGUUUGAGGGUCCUCGUAACAGCCGUUACUUGUCCCCCAAGGUCCAGAACGAACUCCUGCAUCUCGGGUCUCAGUGGGUCAGAAAAAAAAUCAGUGAUUCCGUCAGUGAUAGCAAGUAUUUCGCACUGAUAUGUGAUGAGUCCAGAGACAACAGUAAGACCGAACAGCUCUGUAUAACAGUCCGGUAUCUACGUCCAGUAUCGAGUCCCAACUCGACUUCUUCUGCACCUCUGGAACUCGCUGAGAGCAUUCUUAUGACAUCGGCCUGUGAAGCGCUCACCUCGGAUUUCUUGACUGAGUUGAUAUACCGCGGAUUGGUCGAGAACAAUAUCUCCGUCGCCAAUUGUGUAUCAACCUCGUUUGAUGGCGCGGCGAGCUUCUCCGGUUCGAAGGCAGGCGUGCAAAAGCUCCUUCGAGACAGGUACGCCCCGCUUUCUAUCCAUGUUCAUUGUCUAGCACAUCGUGCUAACCUUGUUUUAACUUCUGUUUGUCGAGAAAUACAGUCCAUUCCGUUACUGUUCGAUACCCUUCAAGAAGUAUACAUAUUCAUAUCGAGCGCUGCUGUCCAUCCGCAGUGGAUGAAUGUUCAACGCCGGAUGUACCCUCAUGAGCCUCCUCGCGAGUUGCGAGCGCUCAGCGAGACUCGAUGGAAUGCUCGCUACGAAUCGGCCAACAUCAUGUGGCUACGUUUGAAGGGUAUCUAUGAAUUGUUAGACUUAAUCAUCGAUAACGAUGUGCCAGAUAGAAGGGCCAAGGCUGACGCGUUGAGUCAGAGGCUGGACGGGACAUUCAUCAUCGGACUGUCGAUGAUGCGAUGGGUCCUCCAGAUCAUGAGCGCCUUCACCAUCGAGAUGCAGAAGGUGGACUUUAACUUGUCAGAUGCUAUAUCUCGUGCCGUUGAUCUGGACAAACUUCUCCAGCGGCCGAAGGUGGGAGAGCCUGAUGAGAUAUGGGAAGAUGUUAUCGUGGGUCCGGCGAAGGAUAUGUGCGAGGAGCUGGAGGUCGAUUUCAUCCCCCAGAGACCAAUUCGACGCGUACGGGCUGAUCAUGGACCGAGGUGCGAGGCGGACUACCGCUCUAUCUUCAUCAAGGUCUGCGACGCUCUGCAUCGGGAGAUGCAGGAUCGGUUUCUGGGUGAGGAGCGGCAAGCCUUGUAUGACGGUCUUGACGCGCUGAAUCCGGCGAUGGGAGACAAGUUUCUACAAGCGUCACCUCUCAUUCGCAUGGCUCAACAUUUCAAAAUAAUCUCGGACGAAAGUUGUGCUGUCUCCGGCUUGCUUGCCGAGGUGCGUACCUUACGUGACUCUCUGAAUCGUGUCGACGGCAAGCCUGCCAGUUUGAUGACUCUCCUACAUUUCCUCAACCAACGGGAGCCCAUUUUUCAUAACGUGUUCCAGUUGGCGAGGGUUUGUGCAACCAUACCAGUUUCCUCUGCUCAGUGUGAGCGCGGCUUUUCUGGUGUCCGUCGGGUAAAAAAUUUCAUGAGAAGUAAUAUGGCGCAUGCCCGCUUGUCCGAUCUAAUUGUCUUGCACUUGAACCGUGAGCUGGCUUCACAAAUCAACGAAGAGCAAGUCGUUGAUAAUUAUCGUGACGCCGCGGAGAGGCGCGUAAAGUUGUAA